GAAGCAUGUCUGCGCCAGGCAACCGUGUGGGCGGAUCUGAACCACCCGCAUGUGGCCAAGAUGCUCGGAGCGUGUCACAUUGGCAAAGAGCCAUUUGUCGUGCAUGAACCCGCGGAGCCCUUGGUUUCGAACCGUGCAAAUGCGCAGUCGUGGGAGCCAUUGCUCGGUUGGGCCCUUGGACUUCAGUACCUGCACGAACGAGAGCUCGGAUACAAGAACUUCGAUGACAGCAGACUCCUAGCUCGCCACCAAGUCACGUCCAGUGGUGUGCUGAGUGGAUUGGGACUGGUCCCCGUCAAAAGGAAGACGUCGGCCUCUGUGCCCAACGACAUUUUCGCAUUUGGAUUGGCCAUUUACAACACUCGUCAAUGGGUGUCCAUGUUCGGGGAUGAGAAGGUGCCCGUGUUGCCACAGAAGCGUCCGCAGUUCUUGAGCGAGCGUGAAUGGGACUUGGUCGAACGGAUGUGUACGAGGGCGCCCGACAGGAGAGCCAGCAUGUGGUACGUUGUGCAUCAACUG